AUGGAAUUUCUUAUUUAUUAUUGAUACUAUUACAUAAAUAGAAAAGAUCAGAAAGAAAGGAACCAUUAUUAUCAGUGUGCUUCCGGAUAUCAAUCCAACUUCAUUCAUUCUCCAAUUGUUUUGAGCAAUCGUAAAAAAGAGGCCUGUGGAAGGGGUUCGUACUUAAAAAAAUUAUCUGGAAACUCAUACCUGAGCAAGGUGAGCGAUAACAAUUGGUAAAAGUUUAUAAGGAUUAAUACUAUUUGCCCGGACGGAAUCUUUACAAACAUGGUAUAGAUAAGAACAGUUACAAUAAAAAUGAAUAGUAUCCCUGUUGAGCAAUAGUUGAUAAUUGUGCUUGCUAAUAUAAGGGUGUCUACUUGGUCAUAUUUUUGAUCGAGUAUUCAUUGUCCAGAUAUUUUGGAAUAUCCUGAAGUGCAUGUUUUUCAUCUCGAGUACUGAUUUCAUUCUACUCAGUUGCUUACAGAGCAGGUAGAAAGAAUCCUUGAACUGGUAAUUGACGCCAUGAAAAGUAGCAUGAGUAAUACGAAGGAUUGCUUCAUUUUUAUUUAAUAUUUUAAAUGAUAAUCUUUUAG